CAUUUAUGUCCUCUUACGAGAUUGUCUACAGCUUGCGUUAUCCAUCCAACGAGUCAGCCGACGAAGACUGUACAUGAUAAUAGAAAUUAGAGUCCAGUACUCGCUACGUAGUCGUAAGACAGGCGUCGCAUUUGCCUUCCAAACUGUGAACUGAUAGUUCUGGCCGACAUUUGCGCCAUUGGCCCCAGACUCGAUGCUGCCGCGAUGACACUGCAUACAGUAGCUCCGAGUGCGUCAGAAUAUAAAGCCGUAAAGCCGUAAUUACUAAGUCCUGUUAUUGCAGAGCGACUACCCUUCCGUGUCGUGUUAAAUCACCGUUCACCUACUUUCGAACUCGGCCCUACGCUGACUCCUUCGUCACCUAAGCUGUUACGGCUCCCACAGCAGAUCACAUGCACUGGACUUCUCAGUACUCUGUUUUUGCGAUUCCCAGAGCGGUCUUCCCUUUCCUCGUGCUCUGAGUCUUCGGGAAUACCGCUUCGCAGUGCCGCUAUUGUAUCCGCAGUUAUUGUAUCGAGCAGCAGAGGGAUUCACACCAUGUAAGGCUCGAACCCUACGUUCCAGAUUUUCCGUGUGUGUUUCACCGUCACUACUGCCGUGCGCCGACAGCGUGCGUACCUUACGCCCUACGCGCCAGCUCAAAUCCUUUCGAGCCUUUCGCGAUCCUUUCGCGAACAUUCGCGGCAACACUUAGACACGCACCCGCGAAGCCGUGAACUGGCCGGUCCUACCGUGAAGCGGCCGGUCCUUAUCUCCUCAAGACCUUCCGUGCGGCCCCCUCAGCAAUGCGCCAUAAGAUGGGUUGGCUGGAGCAGAAGCGGAAACUCGCGGGAGAGUCCCCGCGCGAAACCCUUGACUUGCGAUAGACCCUAGGCUCCCUACCGGAAAGGCCUUCCAAUUAGCCCUCCCACCCAUCAAGGCAUCCCCUAUAAAGGUCUCCGGUAAAGGAACACUUUUUGUUCCGCGUUCACGCUGCAUCUGUUUCACUGCUUCUGCUCGCCAGCAGCGUCAACUUCUUCCCACCGUUGAGAGGUGUCUACGCCAGAGAUAAAAGGAAAUCGCUGCGGCGAUCUUGGUAUUCAGUAGCGCGGUGACUGAGCCAGUUUUCUACUGCGCAUUUCCGCAGCGGACUGGGCUGCAAUGGGGAAUCAGCAGAGCAUGGCUGUCGUCGUAGCAGAUAAAAUAUUUCCGAGACUUCCCAACGGGCCUGGCAGCGCGAUUACCCUCCCUCCGCUUCCUCUCCUCGAAGGGGGAACCUCCGCUGUAGCGAACGACGCUAUAUCGGGGACAGGCGGGAACGAGAAUCCACAAGAGUCCCCCACCUCCUCCACCUCCUCUGGCUCCUCCUCCUCCCCGCAGUCCCCUUCCCUCGCUCGCUCCUUGUCUUCCUUCGUUUCUCGCAGCCGCAGCAGCAGGGGGAGCGCGAUUGCGUCUGCUGCUGUGUGCGGUGGGGGUGGCGGGAGCUUCAGACGAGUGAGCGGGGAGAGAUCGAGCAGGCGGAAACAGGGCAGGAGGGAGAGCAGGGAAAAGAACACUGCUGCUCCCGGUGGCGCCAGUGGCAACAGCGGCAGCAGCGACAGCAGCGGCGGUUGUAGCAGCGGAGGCAGCAGAGGGAGUGAUGUUCCCUCUGCUGUUCCUGCAGCCGCUGCUGUGGCUACAACUGCCAGUGAUAGUAAUGGUGAUGGUGCUGGUUCUAGUGCUGGUGCUGGCGAUGGUGCUGGUGAUGGCGAUGGCGAUGGUGUUAGCCUGCUAGAGGCUCCAGGGAAUCACAUGGAAGUGGGGCGGAGCAAAAGCGCAAAGGCCAGCUUAGGCGGCAGCAGCGACGGUAGCAGCAGCAGCAGCAGCAACAGCAGCAAUAGUAUGGUGCACACUAGUGAUUCGGGGGAUCGCAGCAGCAUCCGCGUCAGCAGGAGCACCAACAGCAGCAGCCGCAGCAGGAGCAGCAGCAGCAUCAGUGGUAAUGAUGGUAGUAGCACUGCAAACGGAGGCAGUACGUCCGGCCAGGGAACCCGCGGCAUUACUGGCAGCAGCAGCAGCAGCAGCAGCAGCAGCGGCUUUGGCAGCGGGCGCAAGGCGAGGGGGAUGGGUAUUCUGUCGUUCGAAGUGGCGUCCACCAUGCUGCGGGCGCUGGAGCUGUGGGCGCAGCUAAAGCCCGCGCAUAUGGACCACCUGAAAACGAUACUGCAGUCGGAUGGAGUGACCAAGAUGAUUCUAGGGGAUCACAAUCACCACUGGCGGCUGGCAGGCCUGGAGUACCUAAGGGAGCUACAGGUCCUAUCGUCCAUGGUGUGCGUGCUGUCCCGGCGCUGCAGCGACCCCCGCAUGCACCGCCUCACAGACCGACUGGCCGAGCUGGAGGCGCAGGGGGAGAAGCACAUGAGGGAGAGAGGGGAGAGGGAUGCGAGAGAGAGAGGGGAGAGGGAGGGUGGCGAAAGGGAAGGGGAUGCAAGGGAGGGGGAGAGAGGGGGGGAGCAGCGGCAGCAGGGGGAAGGGGUGGUGGAGGGGAGCGGGAAGGGGAAGGAGUUGAUGGUGGUGGGGAGAGGUUGGGAUAGGGGAGGCGAUGCGGGGGGAAAGGGGGAAGGAGGUGGUGGUGCUGGUGAUGCGGGUGAGGAAGAUUGGUUUUUGUAUACGCCAAAGGAGGAAGCGUUUCUGCACAAGUUUCUGGAGAAGAAGGUGGCAGCCACCAAUCGCCUGCACGUGGAGAUGACUCUCCUCGAUAACCUCAUGCCCAGCGCGUCCCACUCGCUGCGCAUGGCGCGCUUCACCAAGGACGCGCCUGCCUGGGCCGCCACUGCCAUCGCUGGCAGCCCCUUCGUGCGCGAGAGGAUCCAGUCACAGCUGAAGCUCAUUCGGCGACUGCAGAGGGAAUCGCUCUGGGUGGAAGAUUUCGACAAGUGCAUGAUGCUGCUAGCAGCAGCAGUGGUGAUUCUUUCGCACAGAGUGCGAACCACUUUCAGGUGGCAGGCGGGAGGGGUAGAGGACGAUGAGCGGGCGGGGGUGGCGGGGACAGUAGGGGAGGCGGGGCUGUCGAUCCGCUAUGCGCACACGCUGCAGAUUCUGGACCGAAUCUUGAACAAGCCCACGCUGCUGCUCAGGUCGCAGAGGGACGAUCUGUACCGCCAUCUGCCGUCCACUGUGAAGCACAAGGUGCGGCGGCGGCUGAGCCAUCGCAGCCGUCCGUUCGACGUGGAGGUAGCGGCUGAGAUGCGGCGCAGCACGGAGCAGAUGCUGGCGUGGGUGCUGCCCAUGGCGCAGCGCACGCUGGCGUGGCAGGCAGAGCACUCGUAUGGGUGCCACCUGAGCAAGCGGCAGCGGUCGCUGCACAUACAGACCCUUCACUACGUGGACAGGGACCGCUUCGAGCUGCUGCUAGUGGAGAUGCUGGUGAGCCUGAGCUACUUCUGCCGACCCGCGGGGCUGACCAACAUCCGCCCGGACGAGGAAGCGGCGUGGAAGCUCUGGCAGAACUCCGGGGGGCUCAUCCAGGCGACCUUCGUGAACCCUCACCGAGGGGCUGGUGGGGGGGGAGGGGACGGGAAGGAGGCAGCAGCUGAUGCGUCGGCUGCUGCUGCUGCUGCUGCUGCUGCUGCUGCUGAUGCAGGUGGACUAGCUUCGCCUGCCGCCGCUGGUUCUGCUGGCUCUACCGGUGCUGCGGGUUCUGCUAGUUCCGGUGCUGGCGGUUCUCCUGUUGCAGCACCCUCCCCAGGCACAGGCGUCUCUGCUUCCGGCUCAGCAGAACCUCUCUCUGAAUCUGAGGCUCAGUCUGAUUGCCAACCUGAGCUGGCUACUGAUGCCACGGAUACUGAUGUAACGCCCUGUGGUUCUGACAGCUCUGCAGUGGGCGCUGCUGCUGCUGCUGCUGCUGCUGCUGCUGCUGGAGGCUGGGGUCCAUCCAAUGCUGGAAUCAGCCCGUCUUCUCCAUCCGCCUCUGCUGCUCCUCUUGACGCAUGUUCUGCUGACUUCUCAGCAGAUAGGCCUGUGACUGGUGCCAGCCCUGUGCGGCAUGCUUCGUGUGAUCCCAUUCCCCCUUCCUUUUCGGGUGCUGCUCAGCCUCCUGCUCAGCCUGCUGUUUCUCCUGCUCCUGCGCCAGUUGCUGCUGCGGCAGGGACGGGUGCUUGUGCUUCCGUCUCCCCUCCUCGGCCUAUCCCUCCUGCGUUUCGCUGCAGCAGCAGCAAUAAAAGAGAGGCUCCUCCAAGCAGCAACCUCUCUAACGAACCCCAUCUCGCUCCUCCUGACGAAUCUGAUCCCAGCAGCAAUUGCCCCACGGCAACAGGAGUGAGUUGUGAAGCAGAGAAUGGAGGGGGUGUGUGUGAUAGUGCUAUCAAUGGUGGCUGUUCCACUCACCAGGCAUCACUCAUGCCUGAGCAGAUUGCUGCUAGCUGUGUGGGAGGGAGCUAGGGUAGACGCCCAAUGACGGCCUUGCUGUUGCAGGGACUGAAACUCCAUAUAGAGCGAAGCUUUUAUCAGCAGAAGCUUCCAUCUGGUGCUGUACAGGAAAAACAGGCCAGUGCCAGAGGUACAAAAACCUGUGGCGCAGUGUUUCUCACUUGCGCGCCUCCAUUUUGUUCUAACAUAGUGGUAAAGACAGCGCACGCAUGUCCGUGGGCAGUGAAAUACGGUGCAACCUGUCAACUUAUACAUGUGCAUGUAGAAGUUAUAGGCUAGAAUAGGUGUGUUCUUAGAGAGUACAACCCAAACCCUAUAUCUCCCUUGUUCUCUCUCAUUUCUAAUA